GUCGCGAAGUCAAGGCAGUCGUAUUUAGGCUCGCAUUUACAGUCACUGUUGUUGUUGAGAGUGAGUGCGACGUGGACAAGAUGAAAACCUUUAUUAUACUCUUCACGAUAUUCUUGGUGUCGCUGAUGGUGACGGCAACACCGAUCGAUCGCCACCACAAGGAGGCUGGCACCCCCCCUGCCGACCGGCAUGUGCACCCACGGUUCCAACCGACUAAAGGUGGUCGGCCGGUUCACAAAGAUUACCCAACACCGGGGCCUCGCUUGAACGUGAGGAAGGGAGAGUACAUCUGCGGCAACAGGGUCUGCAAGCUGAAACCAGGAGAAGUCCCCGAGGGCUGCAACGGGAUGUGCCAAUACCCUAUCGCAUAAGCUAUACACACACAUUAAGAAAGGUCUUACUAAUAAACUGUCAUAACUGUAAAUGUGAAAUAAAAUGUAAAUGGCAUAACGUCAGAAUAAUAACACUGGCGGCGUCAUUGAAAUAUCCGAGCGUGAUAAAAUACUGUAUCUUUAUGCCACGAUUAUUUAUAAGAUCCAUCAUCAUAAACUCACUAAAGAGCACGGCUCUCCUCCCACAAUGAGAAGGGGUGAAGGCCGUAGUCCACCACGCUGGCCCACGGAUUGGUGGCCUCCACACACCUUUCAGAUCAGUUUCCUCACCAUAUUUUCCUUCACCGUUGAAGCAAGUGAUAUUUUAAUUACUCAAAACGAGCAUAACUAAGAAAAGUAUAAUUUUUGUGUGACAUUUUUUAAAUAUUCUGACAUUUAACUACGUACAUAAAUAAAUGUAGUCCGUUCACAAUGAACUGUAUAAUGCGUGCAUGAAAAAUGGACUAUACACACAAUAGUUAACGCUUGGAUCUUUAACUAGAUGGCGCUUUAGAACUGUCAAAUAAAACCACAGAUACAAUA